AUGGGUCCUGAUCAACAUGCGCAAUUGGAUGGCUUUGGGCUGAUCCUCCCCUUCCCUAUCCGCAUAGCUGCCAUUCUGGUUGCUGGUUUCUGGGGAUGGGCUAUCAAUCUUCACUAUCUGGCCAAGGCCAACAUUGAUGUUCCUGCGCUGAUUCGAUACCCCUCACACACAUCACCUACACAACGACCACAUCAUAUUGCGGCCUACCGCCUAGCCACUUUCUUUACUAUCCCCCUCGUCCUCUGGCUCGUCGUCUUCUGGAUCGCUACCCACCGCACCUUCGAACUGGUCGAACGCCUCGACUUCAUCCCGCAGUCCGUCUUCAUAGUUCUUCUCCUGAUUUUGAUCUGGCCCCUCAACCGCGCCUCUCGGGCGGGCCGCAUUCGCUUCCUCCUCACAUUAAAGCGCGUGGCCAUUGGCGGCUUGGCCGAGUCACAGGAUGGCAAGUUUUGUGAUAUCCUGCUGGCCGAUGCCCUGACCAGCUAUGCGCGGGUCCUGGGAGAUCUCUACGUCAGUUUCUGCAUGUUCUUCACAGAUGGCCUGGCUGCUACCUCCAAGCCGAACCGUGCUUGUGGCAAGGAUAUCGUCGUACCCAUUAUCAUCGCUGUUCCCUUUGCCAUUCGACUUCGCCAGUGUUUGACCGAAUACGUGCGGUCUCGCAAAACAACUUCCCGCCGGGAAGUGAGCAAGGGCAAUCAACAUCUGGCCAACGCCUUGAAGUAUUGUACCGCAUUUCCGAUUAUCUGGCUGGCCGCCAAACUCCGGAAUUAUAAUCCUUUAGACUUCCACGGAUACAGCGAAAUGACCAUUAUGCGUCUGCUGUUCAUCUUCUCCUUCAUCAGCUCCAGCUAUUCCUUCUGGUGGGAUGUGGUCAAAGAUUGGGACCUCACACUUUUCUCCUCCGAGCGCCAUGACAGAGACCACCCGUACGGACUCCGGCGGCACCGCUACUUCCAUUCCGACCGGUUGUACCACUACGCCAUCAUCGCGGAUCUUUUACUCCGCUUCUCGUGGCUGUGGCGCGUGCUGCCGGGUCUCGCAUGGCUUCCUGAAACAGAAUGCGGUCUGUUCAUCCUCAUGUUUCUUGAAAUCGCUCGGCGCUGGAUGUGGGUGUUCUUCCGAGUCGAGGCCGAAUGGAUCCGCAACACCCACGGUCCCGGGCCCGACGAUGUUCUCCUUGGCGAAUACAACCACAAAUUCGACGCGGAUUAA